AAACUAAAAACGUUGGAAGAAUCUGAAGGUUUCAUUCUUGAACAUCCUCAUCUGGCCAGCGAGUAUACAGCAAAUUAUCUCACCAUCGAUGCACUGAACAUGGCUAUCGACAAUAAGGAAGAGGAAAUGAGCAAUAUCGCUCGACAAUGCAUUGAAAAACGCAUUGCUGCGGCACCGGGUCAUCUCGAUCCUCAGGAAGUGUAUGAAUCUUUGCCUGAAGAGAUGCGUGCAGCUUUCGACAGCCAGGAUGUUUCGAGACUCCAGGAGGUCGCCUUGUCCAUGGAUAGAGAGGUGUUUUCAUAUCAUUUCCAACGUUGUAUUGAUUCUGGUUUAUGGGUACCAAAUGCUUCAGCCGAAGAAGGAGAGCAGACGGCAGAGGCCGGAGAGGUAAGAUCACGUCUUCUUCUUUCGAUGAACUUACUUACUUUGAAUUCCUAG